GGUGGGCGAACGCCCGGCCCGCCAGGCGUGUGUCCUUCCCCGCAGGCAUCCUCCAUCCCCCGGUGCGCAUCCCUCCAUCCCCGGGAGCGCAUCCCUCCAUCCCGCGGGAGCGCAUCCCUCCAUCCCCGGGAGUGCAUCCCUCCAUCCCCCGGGAGCACAUCCCUCCAUCCCCGGGUGCACAUCCCUCCAUCCCGGCCUCCCUCCGUGGGCGCAUCCUUCCCUGCAGACCUUCCCCCGUACGAGUGGCACCGCCAGGGUCGCGCCCCCCCUGUUUUGCACCGCGCCCGCCGGCAAACAAGCCCAUCCGUGUCUGCCGUUAAUAUAAGCCAGGAUAAAGGGGUGUAGGAAGGAGGAGGGGGGUGCUAACCCAGUUUUACAGAUGGCAAAUGGGGAGAUGAAGGUGCCUGCCGCCUAGGGAAUUCGUGCCAGAGGUGGAAAAGAAAGGCACAGCUCUCAAAUUUCAGUGCAAAGCAGUUUUCCAGCUAUGGAACUCUAUUCCCUGUAGUGCUAAUGUAAGCUAUUGCUUGCUGCAGGGAUGUGUCAGGACUGAGAAAGAGGGAACUGGAGCGAUGCUGUGGGCAAUACACUACACCUUUGCGGGUUCCCACUUUGAAUGUGUUGGUUGCACUUACUUUGACGGAUCCCCCAUUUCUACAGGGAUCCUGGGCUCAACAGUCAGUGGGGUUGAGGAAUACCCUGCUCUAGAAAUACUGUUCAGCAAAAAGGGGAUUGUUGCUGGUUGUGGAGCUGCGGAGCAUCUGUGCCACAUAGUGGAGCAACUCUGAUUUUGUCAGGCAGAGGACAGUAGUAGCAAAUGCGCCAUUAGCCACUGUGUUACAACUUCAGUGCUUUUCAGCAAUUUCUUGUUUAACCUCUGCAGGCUCCGCUCUAUUUGCUUUGCUUUAAUAAAGAAGGACAUGGCACUCGCCAAAGGACUUCCAGGAUGGCCCAGGACAAGGAUACAGAGCAACAGAAGGACCCAAGAAAGGUCUAGGGAGCCCUCAGGAUAAAGCUGAAGAGCUGCAGAUGGGUUGUGGUUUCCUAUUGUACAGGCCAAGAUUUUGAAUUGUGCUCAUCCCUGUGAUGAUAAAUGCACACAGCAAUGAUGCAUCUGCAGUGAGUGGGCAAACUCCACCAAUAAACCAUAUUGACUAAUGUGAUCUCGUUCAUUCAUCAUCAUCUUAGUCUGCAGGGGACGGUUAUAAAGCUUGGUAAUUAGUUAUGUGAAAAAUCCUCAGGCCAGGGAGCAGCUCUCUGGUGUCUGAAGAGCCCAGCUCCCUGGCUGAUGGGGCUAACCAUUAAUACUAGCUGCAGCACCAGAGCUGUCAAGCCACGGCUGUGUUCCCUCUUCGUGGAAAACCUUAAGCUGAUUGCACUUGGUCUUGCCUGGUGGUGCUGCGCCGAGGAGCUUGUAGAUGGAAGAGAUUGGCUGUUUGCUUCUGCCCUGCUCUGGGAGUGGAGUGCAGUGGGGAGCACAGGAGGGGUCAAGGUUGGGAGCUGGACCCUUCCUCACUUUGUUAGCUGCACACCCGUGCUUUUGGAGCACAAAGGAGGUGUGUGAAUCAACCCGUCGUCCCUGAAUCAUUACUUUAAUCAUAUUAACUUGACAACCAUUGUAUGCCAGCUUGUGUCAACAGCAGACCAAGGUGCUCCUGAUCAACCAGAUAUUUCGGGAAUUUUUAAAAAAAGAAACUUUGGUGGUUAAAAGAUGUGCCAUGGAAUGGUAGCACCAAAGAGCAACACAGGAUCGUCUCUUGCCUUGACUAGCCAUGGGUUAUUUCUUCUGCUAGUUACCUUUGGUACCUUUAUCUUGGAAACACAGGCCACAGGUUGGCUCAGCAAAUCCAAAGGACCUGCAUAUUGUCCCCAGCCACCACAGCCUGAGAAUGGAGGCUAUAAAUGCCACCCCAGCCCCUGCAACAACCCUCUGACUUCAGGCAGUGUCAUAGAGUAUCUGUGCGUCGAAGGUUACAUGCUGAAAGGAGAUUAUAAAUACCUGACCUGCAAGAAUGGAGAGUGGAACCCAGCCAUGGAAGUCAGCUGUAGGCUCAGCCCGGAAAAGGACUCUCCUCCAGCAAUUGGAGUACCCACGCUGUCCAUAGUAGCCUCCACAGCAAGCUCCGUCGCCCUGAUUCUGCUCUUAGUUGUGCUGUUUGUUUUGCUGCAGCCAAAGCUGAAGUCAUUCCAUCAUAGCAGGCGAGACCAAGGUGUGUCUGGAGAUCAGGUCUCCAUCAUGGUGGAUGGUGUCCAAGUGGCCUUGCCAUCCUACGAAGAAGCGGUGUAUGGCAGCACAGGGAACUGCAUUCCACCCUCGGACUCCCGAGUGCAGAUUGUGCUCUCGGAGGGAGCUGGGCAGAACGGAGCCAGAGAGAUGCAGCAGCAGGACCAAGGGGCUCGCAGUAGCCUUGAAAGAGAAGAUGAAGCCCCUGGACAUUCUGGACUGUGUGAAGCCAGUGGCUCUCAGCGCUCUGAAACUGUUCUUGUGCAUCAGGCUGCUACCUCUUCCUGGGUAGCUGGCAUGGCUAGCAGUAGAGCUGUACACAAAGAGGUCCAAGAUUCAGAAAGCAGUGACAUACAGAGCCUUUUAUCACUCACUUCCUCCGAGGAAUACACAGAUGAUAUUCCUUUAUUGAAGGAAGCAUGAGGCCUGGUGUGUUUGUCUAGCCUUCUCCCUCUUGGAUUUCUUCCUCCUGCCCUCCCCCUGCCUUCAGGACAGAAGCACUCUGUGCCGCCUUCCCCGUCCUCGCGAGCUGUGCCCUGGAUGAUACCUCCAAGCAGAGACACCCUCAGCUGAAGAUCCAAAGGAUGUCGCCAGGUUGCCUCCUGGAUGCACCAGUGGGGUUGGUGCAGCGCUGGCUCCCCCAUUCCAUCUGCAUCAGGGGCUCAAGGAACAGAGUGGGUUUGAGCUCUCCUCUCCUCCUCCCCAGCCAGAUGUUCGACAGCAGCCUCUGAAGAGCUGCUCUUUUCUCGUGCCUUUCUCCUCCUCACACCGGCUUGUUGCAGCUUAUCAGCCUCUCUAGCCCUUCAGCUGCCCAGAGAGCCGGGGCUGAAACCGCUUGCUCACUGGGUGCAGACACACUUUAUAUAUACGUAUAUAUGUUAUAUAGGCUCUUCUUCCAGCAUCCUCUUUGUGAAAAUAGGGCAGGACAAAAACGCCUCACUGGGACUGAAGCUGGGCUUGGGAGGGAUCCCAGUUAAGGGGCAGCUUGUGAUGUCUAGAAGCGCCUCAGAUGAGAUGGGCUGUGUGACAACCUAGCUGUGCCAUGACAGCUCAUUGAGAAUUGCUAGAGCGCUGAAGGCUGAGAAGUCCAACGUGUAGGAAUGCCCUCUGACCCCCUCUCCCAAAAACCAUCUCUGCAGGAGUCCCUUCCUCACAAUCGCUUUUGUCUCCUCCUUCCUUCUCUGCCCGCGCAGCCCACUUGGUCAUGCUGUGUUUCUGGAAGCUGGCACUGGGAUGUACUGCCAAUAAACCAACUCGUUCAGCUUUGGGCUGGUGCCAGAGCAGCUCCUGAUGUUGGGUUGUAGAAGAGCCUUGGAGAACGGGCUGUGGUUAGCAAGGUCCAGAAAGCUUGGAGGGUGUGACUUUCAGUUGCCUGGCCCUGUGUUAACCUGGGAGUGAGCCCUCCUCACUGAGAUGUCAGGACUGGAACCAAAUCUGUGGCCGUGCUCUGCUGAGUAAGCUGUAUGUCUCAAAGCUUUUUCAAGCAAGGUGGUUCUGCACUAAAGCUUAGGUUCCUUUUGGUCAGAUCUUCAGGCAGAGGUAACACUUUUCCAAUGUAAUCUGGAAGUGGUUCAGGUGUUUGAAAAUGUCAUGAGAAAAAAUGCCCAUAGGUAGUGAAUGCCUAGUGCCGUUGGUGCCAUCCCCAGUUACCUUUCCAGCCACACUGGGUACCUUGGUGCUUCAAUCCUGGGUAGUCACCAUUGCAGAGGCUGGUGUAUCUUCCAAGCUUCAUACAGCAAGAGUCUGCUCUUUUCUACUGUUGAGCCCACAGAGAAGGGCAUCUUCCUUGUCCAGCAUGUGUAAAGUCUCUCCUGAAUACCACACAGUUUACUGUUACUGUGAGGGAACUACAGGUGGCUACAUUGACAGCAGUGCCAGAAAACACCAUAGCUUAUCCCUCCACCUAAGUUUUGAAGAUUGUUUCAAGUUCUGGUUGCAGGAAAAAGAAAAUCCAAAAAUAUGUAUACCUCUGCCCCCCCCCAGUUAUCUAUAGCAGUCAGAGUAUCCUGGUUGCUAUUAACAGGACCCCUUUUUUGCAGGAAGCCACAUUCAUCUGGGGUAGGUGAUCCAGUCCCAACAGCAUUGUGGUGGUUGUAGGUUCUUCAGCGGGGAGGUCUGGACACCGUGGUCCCUGGGAUUGGUUUCAGCAAGAAGGGUUGGCUUCUUAGAUGCAUGUACCUUGUCAUAACUGUCUUGAAGUAACGAGGGGAGUGUUUGCCCUGUGAGAAGCUGCUAAAGUUUUGAGUUGACGGAGCGAAAUGACAUGGCCUUACACACCGUGUGGCAAUAUACAGGUAAAUAGGGAUGCUGUCUUUGCUGCUUUGCUUUUGAGUUUUGAUCCUCACCAUCCUCAUCCGUGUUGUUUCAGGAAUGUGCCGUCACAGCGCUUGAUAAAAGUGGCGCAGCACCUGUAUGUGUAAAAUCUCUGUGGCUUAUCCCCACUUCCAGGAACUGGAGCUAAGCCACAGGAUCCAGCCACGCACCCGCUGCUCCUGUUCCUGAGGAGCUGUUACAUCCCGGGACACCUGGGACAGCCUGUGCCUGGGGAUGAAAGAAUCCUAUUUUCCCUAUCCUUGUUUUAGAGGGACGUUAUUAAUUUAAAAAUACAGUUUUUUAAACUUCCUUCCCUGUUGCUCAUGUUACCUUGCAUUAACACAAGGAUUUGAUAAGUCUGAUUUGGGUGGGUUUUUUGUUCAGUUUGGGUGAUGAAGAUCCCAUGUGGUUUUACAGUGGGCUGGGGUGUCUCGCCUUCACGUACUGUGGAGGGCAAGUGCUGUUUACACAUCUGCUAUUGGAAUUUUUAAAAAUAAGCAUGGAAUGUUUGUAUUUAGCUUUUAACUCCUGUCUUGGAAAUAGUCUAAGCUUGAGCAAAUUGUCUCACUCACUGGUUCCAUCAGGGCAAGACGUGUAGGGGUAAGGGUGAAGGAGCUCGAGGGGAAGAAUAUGUGACUUCUCUCCUGCUGCCUGGCCACCUCCAGGCCAGAGGAGUUGCUCUUUAUGCUUUUAAGGUCCUGCCUGCUCAAACUGACCCUCAGCACUCGGGAUGUAGGUGCCAUCUGCCUGCAGGGGACAGUCCUUUAGCCCAGUGUUGGCACCAGGUUGGUGUGACAAUCCCAUGUGGAGCUGGAAGCUGCUCCCGAGGCCUGCCCUUGCCCUGGACAAGUGCCUGCUCUGCCAGCAGAAGGCACGUACUGCCUGGCCCGACCUCCUCUCCCCGCCAUUGUCCAGCAGCUGCCGGUUUGGGAAAGAAAAUUCAAUUUGGGUGGGGAAGAGGAGGAAGCCGCACAGGAGAGGGAGGGCUUUAAUUUUGUUUCAUUUAUAGAAAUUGUGGGAAAUGGCUUUGCUAAGGGUGGGGGGGGGGAAAUGUGGAGGUGGAGGGAAAUAUGCAGGCAUAGAUCUUGUGAUCAGGCAUAAACAGGCAGCUUCUGGUGGCUUCCUGAGGGCAAACCAGCAGCUCCCAGGCCAGUCUCUGCCGUGCUGGCUGGUGUAACCCUGGCUGAUGCCUCCAGCACCUGCAGGAGAGCCUGUUCCCCAGGGCAGCACUUGGGGAAACAGCUCCCAAGGACCCGUGACAACCAGUUUGGGGGCAUCACAUUCCUCUUGCCCAAAUCCUCAGCUUUAGGGUUUAUUUUCAUGUAAGAUGAGGUAGGGUGGCUGGGGAGGAACCUGGGAGAUGUCUGCUUGACAGGUUUUUUUUUUUUCUCCAAGGAGGAGAGAGGAGGGGAGCAAGGCCUCACUUCACUGGUGAUCAAGUGAUUGUUACUCAUUCCUGUGUGUUUUCAUUCUGCGGAGGCUGAAGGGCUGGGAAGUCUUCUGGGCAGAGAUAUAGGAAAAGCUGAAUUGCACAGCCCUGUCUUUAGUUACGGGAGCAAGGGCUGGGGCAUAAAGCCCCUCAGUCAUGAGCUCUGCUCCCUCAGGAGCGUUCCUUACCUCUGAGCAGAGUGUGUCCUCGUUGGCUGGUGCCACAGGUAGAUGCAGUCUGGACCUCAGUGCAGUGGGUGGGUGACACAGGGCUCGGAAUUACAAGAUGUAACACAGUAAAUGAUUUUUCUUUUUUUUCUUUUGUUUUUUUUUUUUCUUUUCUGAUGGACCCACAGCCCUCCUUACUGUUUUGCCCACCAAUAUCUGGCAAAAAAAUUCAAAGGGAGGCAUUUUUUCUUAUUAAACACUCCCGACAAUCAUCUCGUGUUCUGUCAUACAUGCCACAUCCUGUGAUAUUCAAAACCAUAUAAAUGAUUUCAUUACAUUGGAGACAUAGAAAUAGCACUUAUUUUAAAGGCUUCUGUUAUAUUUGGAGUCUGAUCGGUUAAAAAAUUAAAAGGGCAUUUCAAAAAUUCAAAGUAGUAUGUGCAAUAAA